CAUAAAGUCUGUGCUACUUGGGAUCUUGCAAAGCGAGCCUACAAGCCAUGGAUAUGCAAGACAUCUAUCCCGGCACAACGGCAAAUAGUUCCAAGCAACAGCAUAGAUGGCGGGAUGGUUAUGAUUACCAUCUCGCCAUCCAUGCGUGUUGCUUGAGCAGGUGGGGUUGUCCGGCUAUGCAAGCUGAAGAAUAUUCCCGAGGGUCCCUGCACAUCCUACUUCGAACAUAUCGCUUGCAGUUGCAUCAUGUUAAGUCAACAAAACAGAGCAUAUUAAAUCGGACAACACACUGGAGACUCGAGGAAGAAACUAUGCACGGUUGGGGCGAGAAUGGCGAUCUCGGAGACACAGUUGGUUGCUUUUGAUGUUGCACUAAAGGAUUCCUGUAUCACUAUGCACUAUGCAUGUACACAAAUGUGAUAAAAGUUCAGCUCUCAACUUGCACUCAAUUACGCCACCAAAAUUCCUAUUCGAUG